UGUUGUCUGUUCCCGAGAAGCCCUCGUCCACCGUCAAGCGGUGAUUUCAGAUACUUUUAUUGUGCUUCAUUGUCGCACCGGUUCAUUGUUUGGAAGCCGGCGCUGUGUCCUCGCUGUUAAGGAUUUAUUUUUUAAAAUAUAUAAGAAAAAAGGAUCCCAGGGAGGGAAGGAGUUGGGGCUGGAGAAGUAGUUAAUCGGUAUGGGACAGACGGAAGACUGAGAUUCCACGUUUGAGUGCUUGUGUCGGCUUUUUUCACUUGUUUGGAGGCGAUAAAAAGCUGGCGAGGGAGGAAAAAAGCUCUCAGGACGCAUGUAGCCGUCGCACAACGGGGCUGAGGUUGGUUAUAAGGCUUGACGAUGGGUUGUGUCAAGAGUAAAGAGGACAAGGGUCCAGCCCUGAAGUACCGACCUGACAACUCGAAUGCCACGCAGGUCAAUGCUCACCUGGGCCACUAUGGACCUGAGCCUACCCUGAUGGGUAAUUCGCCUUCCACGAAGGCACAGAACAACAGCUACAACAGCAACGCCGCUGCCCUCACACCUUUUGGUGGAACAUCUUCAGUCAUGGCACCAUUCGGAGGAGCCUCAACAUCCUUCUCUUCAGUGGCUGUGAGCACCCCCUUCCCCAAUGUGAUCCCAGGUGGGGUGACAUUUUUUGUCGCUCUGUACGACUACGAAGCAAGGACAUCAGACGAUCUGUCAUUCAGGAAAGGGGAUCGCUUUCAGAUUAUCAACAACACGGAAGGUGACUGGUGGGAGGCCCGUUCCAUCAACACUGGAGAAAAAGGUUACAUCCCCAGUAACUACGUAGCACCGGCCGACUCCAUACAAGCUGAGGAAUGGUACUUUGGUAAAAUGGGCCGCAAAGAUGCAGAACGUCUCUUAUUGCUUCCAGGGAAUCAACGGGGCACUUAUUUGGUACGAGAGAGUGAGACAACAAAAGGUGCUUACUCUCUGUCUUUACGUGACUGGGAUGAUGUGAAGGGAGACAACGUCAAACACUACAAGAUCCGCAAGCUGGAUAGCGGUGGAUAUUACAUAACCACACGAGCCCAGUUUGAGACACUACAGAAACUGGUGAAACAUUACACAGAACACGCGGAUGGRCUGUGCUACAGGCUGAUCACUGUGUGUCCGACAGUGAAGCCUCAAACUCAGGGACUAGCUAAAGACGCCUGGGAGAUCCCACGAGAGUCCCUGAGGCUGGAAGUCAAACUGGGGCAGGGCUGCUUCGGGGAAGUCUGGAUGGGCACAUGGAACGGUACUACUAAAGUGGCGAUUAAGACACUGAAACCAGGCACCAUGUCUCCAGAGGCCUUCCUGGAGGAGGCUCAGAUCAUGAAGAAACUACGACAUGACAAACUGGUUCCUCUGUACGCAGUGGUGUCCGAAGAGCCUAUUUACAUCGUUACUGAGUUUAUGGGCAAAGGUAGUUUGUUGGACUUUCUGAAAGAGGGAGAUGGAAAGUAUCUGAAGCUGCCGCAGCUGGUGGACAUGGCCUCACAGAUUGCAGAUGGCAUGGCCUUCAUCGAGAGGAUGAACUACAUCCACAGAGACCUGAGAGCCGCCAACAUCCUGGUGGCUGACAACCUGGUUUGUAAAAUCGCUGACUUUGGUUUGGCUCGACUCAUUGAGGACAACGAGUACACGGCACGGCAAGGAGCUAAAUUCCCCAUCAAGUGGACAGCCCCUGAAGCUGCAUUAUACGGUCGCUUUACUAUCAAAUCAGACGUCUGGUCAUUUGGGAUACUACUGACAGAGCUGGUGACCAAGGGCAGAGUACCUUAUCCAGGUAUGGUGAAUCGAGAAGUACUUGAGCAGGUGGAACGAGGUUACCGGAUGCCCUGCCCCCAGGGCUGCCCCGAGUCCCUCCACGAGAUGAUGAAACAGUGCUGGAAGAAGGAGCCAGACGAAAGACCGACCUUUGAAUACAUCCAGUCCUUCCUAGAAGACUACUUCACAGCCACGGAGCCACAGUACCAACCUGGAGACAAUCUCUAGUCUAAAGCAAUUUAGGAUGAACUCUUGCACACCGAGGUAGAGCUCAAAACACGGGACAGAGUUUUAAUUUAAAAAAAAAGGUUAUAUAAAUUAGUUUGCAAUGACACUAACAGUACGUGGAGAUGUUUGUCCUGUAAGAUGGGUGCCUCCAUCUAAAGCACCACAACACUGUGAUUAAAGAGUGGGAUUUCAAAAUAAGCAAAUGCAGACAUGUUUUUAUUCCAUCCCCUUUUUUUAAGGUUUUAAAUAAUUUCCCCCCUUUUUUCUCAAUUUCCAUUUUUUUUAAAUUUAAAUUCAAACAAAUCUUUUAAUAUGAAUUCAGACUAUUAUAUAUGUACAUGAGUUUGGCGUGAACAUGUAGGUUGAUGAUGUGUUUCAGCGACCAAUAACUGUGGUUAAAGCUGUUGAGUAUGUGCUGAGACUGUUAGGUGUGUGUAAAGGAAUAAAGGUCUGCUGUGUGAAUGCAAGAAUGUACGGAGAGAACCGAGUAGAUGUACAUACAGUUUGUAUAAAAAAUGUAUUUUUUAGUGGGUGGAUGACCGAGAAUAAGACGCGUUUUAUAUAAUUGUUUUUAAUGAAUGAAAAACAUCCGUUUUAUUUUGCCUUUUUUUUUUUUCUUUUCAUUUAACCUGGGACUUGAAAACAAAAAGCAGCAUUUUGAUAAAUUACCACAUUUUUCUAAUUUUUUUUAUUGAAUGUCUAAAAAUGGACGUUUUAGCUGUGCAAUUAAAAAAAAGUCUGUCAAAAAAAAUCUUGAUGCACAACUGUGAUUUUUAUGAACUAGUAAAAAAAAUAAAAAUAAAUCUUGUACGCAGWAGGUUUAAAACAACUUUUUCUCCCSAUUAGCAAAAUAUCAACUUUCAUCAACUAAACAAACCUGUGAUGUCUCCUGUUCUGCUGGUGGUUGAGGAAAGGUUUAAUGUUAAAACUAGAACUUUACAAAACAACUGUUUAAUUCUUUUUUUUUCCUUUUUAUGACCUGCACCAACAACAAUACUCUGAUACUUGUGAUUUUCUUAAUAUUAUAGGUGUUUGAUUACUUCCUGAAAGUUUGAACUAAAACCAGAGAGACAAAACAUUGGUUGAGGCACAGCUUUAGUUUUAUCUUUACAAAACUGCAAAUCUAAAAAUUCUAAGAGGUACCUUUUUAAAUACUUGCAUAUUUUUAUGUCAAAGUCAGAGAAAUGAGGCAUAUGAAAGCUGUAAAGAUGUGAACUUUUUUUCUUUUAUUUCUGUGCAUUAUGAUCAGUUAUUGAAGACUGGAACUUGAGCAAUGGGAGACAUAAAUAAUUAAAGUAAUGAGAGCUAAUAUGAUUUUUGUACAAAACAAAAUAAAAGCAUAAAACAAA